UUUCCCCGCGUUGGCGAUCAGCCAUGACGACUUAGACUUCCAGAACUACUAAAAAAACAUCUAAUUUUUUGGUUUAUGCUAAUUUGAAACACUUGAAAGCAAGCGAAUUUUAUGAGUUUUUUGAUAUUUUUGAUGAGGCCGUAUGAGUGACGAGGAUUCCACCAGGCCUGGGGAGGAUGCAUCGUCGCUGAAGGAUUAUGUCGUAGACGCCCAGGAGGGUAUAUCUCUUCCUAUUGAGCAACAUGAUGACGAUGAAGACAUUAGCAGCGAGGCGAGCACGCUGUUAUCCAGCGCGGGGCAUCACAAUCACCAUCCCAAACAUCGGAGAGAGCAGCACCAUCAACAUGUCGAGGGUGAUGAAUCUAGUUCCCGGACGGGAUACUUGACAAGGAAUUUUGGAGGAGAGGCGAUUUUGAGGAUGGGAUUGUGCGCGGGGAUGGUGGUCGUGGUGUGUUUGGCGGUGGUGAGGGCGGUGGAAGGGGAGUUUUCGCCGGGGUUGGUGGCGGGGGGAGGGCUGAUGAUGAUUAUGUGUUUGGUGGUUGGGAAGAGGGAUCUUUGGAGGGGGGGGAUGGCGAUUGGGUGAGGGGCGGGGAUGAUGAUGAUGAUUUAGAUUGCUGCUGUGUUGCAAUCAUGUAUGACUGUAUGGAUGUUUUGAUGUUUUGUUUGCUGAGCGGGUGGUUGAGCAGGGUAGAUAUAUGUGACCCAUGCUUGUGUUUUGCGAAUAUAAAUGCGAGGUUCGAAUAUGGGAUUGAAUUACAGUCUAACUACACCGCGCUAUUUCCCUUAACCGGCUUGGUUUUCAUGUUGAACUCCUUGCGUACUCUACUUUAAAGAUGAGCAUAUUCUAGUAAUCGCACAUGUAGCAGCGCGGCCACCAAAUGCAGGGGCAAC